AUGAAGAAAUCGGUGUGUGUUUUGACGGCAUUAGCUUCGUUUCUAGUCGUAUCUUGCUGCACUAACCAAUACACCAAGGCGGCAGAAACAGAAGAGGUCGAUGACCAGCCGGAAGCAAUUGUUGACUCUGUACUAGAAUCUGAACGUGAAUUAAAGUGGAUGUUGAAAUUCGUCUCACCACUGAUGGCCAUCCUGAGGACUGAUUGGACCAUCAAUCGAAGAGGACAUUCCAACCGCUCAGCCCGAUCUAACAGAGGAGACUACUACGUUCUACCUUACGGUGACAUCAAUCACGAUCGCAAUAGAUUUCAUCGUGACGAUUACGAUCGAGAUGGCUACGGCUACGGCUACGGUGGUGGAGGUGGAAGUUACGGCUGCUGUGAUAAAAAGGAUGAUCUUCUUCCUUUAUUGGCUCUUCUUGCUCUGGCGGGUCUUUUGCUUUAUCUAAUUGCCAUUGCCCGUAAACCAGUUGCUGCCCGUCGAAGCAACAAACGAUCUGCGGAGAGUGGCAUCGAUGAGGACAGUUGGAUCCGCUCGAACGAUUAUAAUAGUGGUAAGGCAAUUCCGUAGUAAAUACGGAGAUAUUGUAUGAUAAUCAUCUGCUGCUGUUAAGUUCAUUCUAUCAAUUUAAUCAUAAGC